AUGCUGAACCGGCAACUUACACCUCCCCAGUGGUGGGGCAUUUUCCUGUGUGCACUCGGCGUGGCCGCAGUGCAGCUAUCUACUGCUGAAGACAGCCAGCAAAAGGCUGGCCAGCAGGCAUGGGUCGGCUUUUUGGCCGUCUCUGUGGCUUGCAUCACCAGUGGAUUGGCGGCAGUCUACACCGAGAAAGUCUUUAAGAGUGGCAACUCAAGCCUUUGGGUGCGCAACAUGCACCUUGCUGGCUGGUCUUUGGUCGCAAUCUCCUGGGGCCUUGUGGCCAAUGAUGGCUCUAAGAUUCGCGAGAAGGGGUUCUUCCUCGGCUGGAACUUCCUCGUAUGUGUAGUCGUCGCACUGCAAGCGUUGGGAGGAAUGGCCGUUGCUGUGGUCGCGAAGUAUGCAGACAACAUCUCGAAGGGAUUCGCAACGGCGAUUUCAAUUAUUUUGACAUGUGUGGCCUCUGUCUACUUGUUCGACCUGCAUCCCUCUGCAACAUUCACUGCCGGCACUUCACUAGUGCUCCUGUCCUUGUACUUGUACACCAGACCCGUUAAAAAUGGUCAGACCAUCAAGUACAUGGAAAUUUCGCAGAAGGACUUGGAAGACCAUCAUGACCUACCUGACAAAGUUCAGCAGAGUGCCUUCAGAAUAGGCAAGCCAGACAGCAGAUGA